AUGGGUUUUUGCACUUCAAACAACAAGGCCGAGUAUGAAGCCGUGCUUUUCAACAUAGGCCUGGCAUUGUCAAUCCAAGCUAGCCACCUCGAUAUAUGGAGUGACUCACAGCUAGUGGUAAACCAAGUGCAAAGCGAUGAUGAAUCAAGAGAUGUUAGAAUGAUGAGAUUUACUGGAAAAAAUUAUUGUGCUUGGGAGUUUCAAUUUAAAUUAUUUGUCAAAGGAAAAGAAUUAUGGGGUCAUAUUGAUGGGAGUAAUCUUGGACCUCGUGAUGCCAAGGCUUUGUCUAAGUGGGAAAUUGAGGAUGCUCGGGUUAUGACUUGGAUCCUUAGAUUGGUUGAACCUCACCUUGUUCUCAAUUUGAGGCCUUAUAAAACUAUUGCUGCUAUGUGGAAUUAUCUCCACAUGGUUUACAAUCAAGACAACUCUGCUAGGCGUUUUCAAUUGGAGUAUGCGAUGGCUAAUUUCACACAAGGAAGUCUCUCAAUUGAGGAAUAUUUUUCUGGUUUUCAAACUCUUUGGAUUGAUUAUUCCGACAUUGUUUUCGCUAAUGUUCUCGCUACAACUCUCUUUGUUGUCCAAGCAGUGCAUGUAACCAACAAGCGAGAUCAAUUCUUGAUGAAGCUACGACCCAACUUUGAAAUUGCACGGUCUAAUAUGAUGAAUCGUCAUCCUGUACCAUCUCUGGAUGCCUGCUCGAGUGAACUUAUGCGUGAGGAGUAG